AUGUUGUAUGUUGUUCAUGGCAAAGUAAUCAACAAAGUGAGACCAUUGUUUUCAGGAAGGUCUCUUCUGGAUUCCUGUUGCCGUUCCCACUUGGAAUUGGAAUCUGAGGACUUCUCAACUGAAUCGGAAGGGUCGGGAGCGCUUCGUUUCCAUUGCCACCCGAUAUGUAAAACGAUGCUUCACACAGAUUUUGAAGGCCUUCUCCUCUUCUUCAUGAAGCUUAGAGCAAACUUGCAAAAGGUUUCGAGGUAUGUUGAAGAAGAACACGCUAAUGACGAACCCGUAAUGGCUUCUAACUUGUGAUUUGCGGCGUGACGUGGGGGAAUCUGUGGCCUCAUUGUCAAGAACUGACUUCCUCUAACUAUUGACAGUUUCGCCUUCGGCCGCGGACGUUUCCCUCAAACCCUUUUCCGUCUUGUGGGCCGCCCAACUAACUCCCGUAGAUUUUCCACGCUUAGUCGUAGUAAGCGUGGCCGCCUGCGCUACGCAAGCUUACUUCUUACUACUAUGUACUACUGGCUUUUAUCUUCUUUUUUCUCUUCUUCGCUCUUCCAUGCUUCUAUAGACAGUUAUUGAAUUCCCUUGCAUGGGUAAAACGAAGGUUUUGCACAUCUACUGUCUAGUAAUCAAACCCUCAAGUAUUGUUUUGUGGGCAUUUAUCGGAUUUUGGUUUGAAAGAUACGUCAUACGGUACAUGUAUAUCACUUACGUGUUCUGAAACUUUUAAUAAUGACACGGUGAUAAUACGCUGUGCUGUGUAUAUAAAGUAAUUGUACUGAGAAGUUAAGACAAUGUCCGUAGGUGUUGAAAUACAAUUAUAACUGACGCUCAUAGCCGAAUACAAUAUAGCUUCUUAGUACUUGCGUGUUUUAAUGUCAGUUAUCUUAAUUCACUUUAACGAAAUGUCUGAAACAGUCUGUGUAUUUCAUGUCUUCCGACCACACUAACUCCAUUUAAUAUUGAUGUUAACAUAUUUAACGUAGCUCUUUUUGUUUUGUACCAGCAAACUUCAUUACAAUUUGUUCCGAGUAAGCCUACAAUUUAGUUUUUUAAUUUUGCCUAACCAACUUGCUCUUUUUGUAUAAAUAUUAUUGUGGAGGCAAGCAGAUGCUUUCUCUCUUUAAUUAAUUAGUUUACGCUUUGGCCUCAGAAGUCAUCAUGACAUUGGCCAUAAUGAGAGACGGAAUCUUAUUGGAUUAACUCUAGUGUUUGUCUAUUCGGUUAAGCACGUAGAUUAGAUUUACAUUUUGUAUUGUAGUAAGGGACUUACAUUUCUGGCAAUACUGGGAAAAUAUUGGAGUUAACGUUGAGGUAAUAAUGUAGUAUAUGGUUCCGUUUAAAAAUAGUUUUGUAUUACGGACCUGAAUUAAAAAGUUUUAUAAAGCCAGGUUGUGUUAACAACUUAUACCUUUAGAAAUAUAAUUUUACAUUUACUUCGUUCAACUUUAUACACUUUUCUUCAUAAGAACCACUUUUUUAAACUAGGGUUACUGUAAUUUUUUUAAUUUGCAUUCUUUUGAUUAGAAAUAACAUGGCUGACGUUUGUUGUGAUAAGGCCGAGUUUUGAAGAAUUUUAUGAAAACACGGCUCAAUUUGAUAGUUGUUUAUAGGAAGGGCGAGACGAAGGGCCUUAGGGGGUUUUCUUUAAGUUCAUGUCAUUGUAAUCGAGUUAUACCAUAACUGUCGCAGUUUUUGUUUAUUUGUCGCAUUAUUUAUAAUGGAUUCGGUGUAAUCAAAAGCCUUCUAUUUAAGGGUUUUGCAUUCAUUAUUCGCAUCCCAUAACUCGCAUUUCAUGGCUAUCUAUCACAUUCGAGUUGUUUUUUGGACAUAUUAUAGUAGACAUGUUAUAAUAGGCAUGAACAACAUGUGGAGAUCGUGUUCUGUAGCACGAUUUUCCGUUGUCCUGUUCUAAUGCACGCUUAUCGUAAUGGGAUCGGUUCGGGCGAUGGGUGGUCCCAAUUGACGUUAAGUAGAUGUACAAAACAUUUCUUUACUUAACCUACUGGUUACGCUUUUAUAUGAAUAUAAAGGACCCAAGGCAAACAUCUGUUAGCAUAUUCAGAUAUAGGAUUUAAUUGGAUUCUUCUUUAUGACAUAACAUUUUGCCAUAUCUCUUUUACGAUGUCUCAGUGUUGUGGCAGGCAAUUACAACAGAUUUAUCGUUGUACUUGUGCCAAUUUGUUAUUAGAGAUUUAUUAUUGUCUCAAUUCAUACUCGAUUUAUUACUGUCCGCUUGGCAGUAAGUCAUGCAUUACUCUUUAUAGAAUGCAUUUUGAAGAACCUAAACAAUAAAAAGUACAUUAAGCUUUAAGUUGAGUACUUAAGCCCCGAGGAACUGUAACUUAGGAAGUUCGUAAUUUCAUUUCGGCCCAAACUUGGAUCAGCCCAAACUCUUUUUAUUGCACUCAAAGAUUUGUCGAAUUAGGCCGGGCGGGGAGAUGUUGCAGGAGGGCUGAUGAGUAAAAUAGAGUCAAUUAUCCCUUUGAGUUGGGCAUUCAAGUUCUGUGUGGAGAAAGACGGAGAGCGUUAGCGUGUGAAUGUCCCCACGGAAGACGGCGCCGCUUUACUUUCGAUGAACGUAGUCGCUGACAUGGCCUGACAUAAGUCGCCAAUCAUCAUCAGAUGGACUACGUUUGUGUUUCAGCGGUCUGCUGGCGAUGACAGGCCGAGUGCUUUACUCUGGCCUGCUUGGAUUCGGUCUUUUUGUGUAUGUAUAUUAACGUUUUUAAAGGGGGUGUAUUAUAAUAAGCUUUUUAAGGUACGUUAACGUUAAGGAAGGUCCAACUUGACCAAACUGCGCUUCUUGACCGUCUUUAAUGGCACGUCUAGUUCAAUAAUUAUAAAGUCCACGAGGGUUUUCGCCCUCGGAUUCCAAGUUUAAUUAGCUCUGUUUGGUCACUUUAGGAACACGUCGGCCUCGCUCCAUAUUAUAAAUCUGGGCAUAUUUGUCGAAAGUUGUGUUUUCCUUGCGCCUAAAAUUGUUUUCAUAUUUCGGUUUCAAGAACUGGCCAAACCACCCGGAUACGAAUAAUGAGACGGGCUGUAUGUUUUUUACCCAGCCCUUAUACCUGAUUGUGCGAUAGACCUGUCCGAAGACGCCUCUAAUUGGACCCAAGCCAAAACAACCCCACGUCAGUCGUGCCAACUUUAAUACAAUUUAGGGAGACAAUAACGGUCGAGGCGCGCUUUUAAUAUGUGAGUCAUGACAUUUCAUUGUCGUCCCCGUCUUAAGCACAAAACAACCCCACAACAGCCCAGAGUGGCGGAGAGGAGAAGUACAGGUAAUUGGAGCAGGCCGCCGCCCGAUUCCGGCCAUCUUAAUUCUUGCCUCCGGUUCUGUCGACUCCCAUUGGGACCCACCGAGCGUUCUGGAAUUUUUUGUGUUCAUUUACGUAUACUCGAGCCGAUCCCGACUAAUGUAUAGUAGCAUCAGACAAGAGAUAGUAACAGAGGGAGGAAAAUAGUAUCAGAAGGGAGACCCGGAUAGUAUCAGCAGAGGGAUAAACAAGCUCCUAUAUUCAUGUCUUAUUGUCUGUACAUAUGAUUAAUUAGGCCUUUAUAUAACGUUGACACAGUUGAUGUCUACAAUAUUUGCAAUUCCGUGGCGCUAGUCGUGUCUUGCGUGGUGUUGAUUGGCAAAAUACCUUUUUGCUAACGGUGGGAACGUUGGAAAGCGUGCUAUUAUUAAGACCAUAAACUUCUUGGUGAAUAUAGUUUUGAAUACCUGGGUUUGUGUUGAAUAUGUGUUUAAUACUGGUUUGCAAGCGUUAAAAAUGUCAAGAUUUGCUUUGUGACAAUAUUAAUAUUGACUAAAAAUACUCUUGCUUGUGCAGUAAUUGUAUUUUCUCACAAGUAAUCGUAUUAACGUAGUAAUAACUUGACAACUUGUGGAUGAUGUGGUUAUGUACUCGCUUAUGUCGUACGCAGGUGUCUCUCGGCUUGCAGAAGCCGGCUGGCUGUAGAGUCACUAAACCGGGUUUCAGCUCGAACGCGUCCGACCGAGGCGGAAUUGGCAACUUUAAGUCAAACUUCCGGCCGUGUUAGCCCUUAGGGCCGAAGAGGGGGUCUGUUUUUCGUGAUUCAAGCUUCCUCUUGUUGCUGCUGUGAGCGCGGGAUUCUGCUUCGUGGUGGGGCCGGAUUAACAGCUUUUUGCCUUUAUUAUUUUGCGAUGUCACAGUUUGUUUCGGAAACUCAUUAUCAAUGACGGAUGGUUUGUUUUCGGCAUACUUAGGCGGCCAGGUCACAAAUAAAUUCUCUUAUGAGCCGAACAUUUGCUGACUUUUUGGCGGGCGGGGCGAAAGGUGCAAAGGCGAGGGGCUAAGCGACUGUCUUUUCGGCCAUAUGGCAAUCGAGAUUGUCGGAUACGUGUUGCGCGUUUUUAUGGAUUUGUGUUGCGGAGCGAUUGAAAUUAGGUUUUGGACAUUGUUUUAUGUUUUGAUAGUGCCACUUUCCCAGCGACGUCACCUUUUUUGGAAUAAGUAACGUUUAAUCCCGCUAAUCUCUUCUCGAAAUACCACAAAUUAUCACGGUGAGAAGAGCGCCGUACCAAACAAGAACGAGCACGUUUCAGUUCGGCACAUCUGCUUGUAUUUUCACAUGUGCAUUAAUUAAUCUUAAACAUAUAGAAGAUGCUCCAUUUACAUUUUUGGGUUUGUCGGCAAGAGUGUUGUUUCAUAAAUUACUUUUGCGAGAAUUUAAUACGUUUAUCUUGCCAUUUCUUAUCGUUGUUUCAGCCCCAUCCAAUGUUACGGCGGUAACGGACACGAGGAACACGCUGCGAUGCCCAACUCCAGCGACCAGUUGCUGGUGCUGUUCAAAGACGUAGUGGUGUUGCCACGGCAGAUGGAAGUGGCACCGGCGUCGGACGAAGGCUUCGGCCUGUGGGAGAGCAUCGGGAUCGGGUCCGUCUUGCUGAUUCUGAUCCUGUUCUGCGUCGUCGGCAACUUCUUUGUCAUCAUGGCCAUCGUGCUGGAACGUGAUCUUCGCUCUCGACCCCAGUACUAUCUCAUCUUCUCGCUGGCUUGUGCCGAUCUUCUGGUGGGCUUGGUAGUCACACCCCUUGGGGCUUGGGCCACCAUCCGACAAGCUUGGCACCUUGGAGUGACGUUGUGCGACUUCUGGAUCAGCGUGGACGUCCUUGUUUGCACGGCGUCGAUUCUUCAUUUAGUAGCGAUCGCUCUUGACAGGUGGGUGAGGUGGUAAAAAGGGUGAGAUCCUGAACAAAUAUUAAUACUCUCGGGCCAUCAAACUUGUGACGUUAGUGUCUGUUUGAUGGAAAAGAAAUUAUUCCAUUGUUUCAGCAGAAAAUAAUAUAACACUCAGAAAGCACGGUCAUCAAAUUUACUUAAAUUGUCUGGGAAACUCUCAGGUUUCGCUGAGCAAAUACCAAUAUGUUGUACUUAAUUGUAUUAAAUUUGCACAAGUUAUUCGGCUACAGUUUUGUUUUGGCAAAACAAAUGUUUUUAAUGGCAGCCGGCUGCCUAUAAGAAAUCGAAUACAAAGUAGAGCCGACUUGUAACAAAGUAGUGACAAAUUGUAUUACAGAUUUAAAUUUUAUUAGUGUGAUUCAUGCAUAAGUAGUGGCAAUCGUAUUACAAGGAUUUGCACCCAAAAAGCGGCGUAUAUCAAUAGAUUGAUACAAAUUUGAAAAGUGAUGACAUAAAAUGAAUCAAAAACAGUUAUAGUUGUAAAAAUUAUCACUAAAAAUUUGUAUUUCAGAUACUGGAGCGUCACGGACAUCUACUACGUGCAGAAUCGCACCCCCAAGCGUAUCUUCUUCAUGUUGUUGACUAUAUGGGUAGUGUCGUUGUUAAUAUCGUUAGCCCCGAUAUUCGGCUGGAAAGAUGCCCAGUUUGUGACACGAGUUCAAGAAGAACAUGUCUGUUUGAUAUCACAACAAAUCAGUUAUCAGGCAAGUCAUAAACAACCCUCCGAAACUGAUUGUGUUAACAGAUUAAUUAAUUAUUUUAUCGAUAGUAUCAGGCUUCCAUAUAUCUUCAUAGGGAAGUAUAAAGAUAAUCAUAGUAAAUUGUUAUGAACAUAGUUUAUAUUAUUGUUUCUUUUUAGGUGUUUAGCACGGCAACUGCCUUCUACAUUCCAUUGUGUGCCAUCAUCGUGGUCUACUACAAGAUCAUGAGAGCGGCUAAGAAGAGAUUCCGACGUGAUCGUGACAGGAAGACGAUUCACAGAAAUGUAGAAGAUCGUACAAAACUCAGACGGAACAGCCAAGACGACGACCAGAUGAGGAUAAUUGUAAGUUAACGUUCUGUUAUAAGUCACCGCAACUUUAUUUCAAAACGAAUAUUAAUGAUACUGUGGUAUUUGAUGCAUAGUUUGUUGCCGAGCUUAGGUCUUAGAGUCAAUAAUAAGACAAGCUUUGUGAGGAUCAUUGGGAGUAACUCUUUUAGUAUUAAUACUGUUAGGUAUUAAUCUUUCUCAGCACUAAAUCAGUCUUGUUAUUAAUGCUAAAUUCACAUCGUACGCAUGUCUUGUUGUUACUCACGCUUUGAUUUGCAUUUGUGAUGAUAAUUACUGAUCUAUUUAUGCAGUCGCCCAUUCCCACGGCCGUUCUCGUGCCUCAGGACAUUUCGUACUCGACCAAAGCUGUAAGUAAUGAAAAUGGUCAUGUGCGGAUUAAAGUAAGUCCUACGGUAAAACCAGACUAUUUGCAGGUGAAAUACGAGAGCAACACCAACUCGGAUGACAACGACGACGAGCGGACGCCGAUGCAGGUCAGCGAGAACAGCCACUACGGGAACAAGCUCGAGAACGGGAACGGUAAGUGGGCCAGGACGAUGCUAAUCAACUUACUCACUCUCCUAUUUACAUACAUCCCCAUUGCAGGCCGCCAUAAAGGGUUCAAUAAACGCAACUCGAGUAGGGGGAACCGUCGCAAGAAGCGGAUAAAGGAGAGCGUCGAGACUCGUCGAGAGCGAAAGGCCUGGAGGACUUUGGCCAUCAUCACGGGUACGUUUGUGGCCUGUUGGACGCCCUUCUUCCUGGUCUCCCUGUACCGGCCGAUCUGUAACUGCAAGAUCCCUGUUGCCGUGGAGUCUAUCACAUCGUGGCUGGGUAGGUUUUUCAAUUAUAUCACAAAGUUUUAAGUUUAAAAGUUUAUUUUUAUAGUUUUUCUAGGCUUAAGAUUUAAAUAUUUUUCUAUAUUAUACAGUCCUAAACAUUAAUUGAAUUUAAAUUUGCAAAUUUAUAGCAUUUGAGUCGAAAGAUUAACAUUUGCAAUGUUAUAGUAGUCUGUAAACUCCCAUUAAUGAUAUUGUGGUAUUAUAUUGAGGAAGUAUUGUCAUGUUAUUCGCUUAUACUUUAAUUUACUUUAUGUAGCGAUACCAACUACCUGAUAUUGACUAUCAAUAUUGUUAUUUGCUAACGACAUCAUAAUAGUCAUCUAUAUUAAAAAAUGACAUUAUCACCUUAAACCGGGUCUAAAUCAAUAUCAUAAAUUACACACCUCUGUUAUAUAUCAUAAAUUAGGCUUUUAUCUGUUCGUUUAACAACACAUGCAUUAUCAUCAAUAUCACUAUAUUAUCCAUGAUAUAUUGGUACCAUAACGUAUCAGUUUAAGUAGCUCAUCGCAUGUAUCAAUAUCAUAAUUGGAUACUUAAAUUGAUGUUAUGGUGGGGGUCUCUGAGUGUUUUUGUUAUUAAGAGUUGUUGUUAUCAUCUUGUUGACAUCUUCACACAUGAGAAGGGUUUCUGUUACAAGGUCUGGCUGCCGUAAUAUCGAGAUGUCCCAUAUAUUAUCCUUGUUUUUGCUGGAAUUUGAAAAGAAUAAGAGAAACAUAGCUUGGUAUUAAACAUGGACUACCUAAAGACCAUAGACUAACGUAAUGUCAAUUACUAGUUUUAUAUGAGUAAUACCACGGUUACUAACACUGAGAACCAAAUGACUUGAAAAAUCAAAAGCCGAACCAAAGAUAAUAUUCGAACACUAUGAUAAAAGGCAUGUCUUCAGGCUACCUGAACUCGGCGAUCAACCCCAUCAUCUACACGGUGUUCUCCACCGACUUCCGGAUGGCCUUCCAACGAAUCAUCAAGAGGAUCUGCUUCCUCAACGAGUUCUGA